CAACAUGCCCAGGUGGAUGAAGGACGCCCCAUUAGCAACAUUUGAACUUCCAGCUCGCCAUAAUACUUCAACAAUAGCAGAUUUGAUACCCCCAUAUAAUCUAUCGAAACACCACUUAAUACAUAAUGUCCUUCUUCAAGAAACUCUUCAAGUCCGAACCUCCACUCCUGGUGGAAGGACAGGAACCCACGGGCCCACUACCCCAGCGCGUGCUGAUGAAGACAAACUUUGGCGACAUGGAGCUAGAGUUGUACACCGAACAGACUCCCAAGACAUGCCUGAACUUCGUCACGCUCGCCAAUGCGGGCAAGUACGACAACAGCAUCUUCCACCGUGUCAUCAAGGGCUUCAUGAUCCAGGGCGGCGACUAUACCCGCGCCGACGGGACCGGCGGCAAGUCAGCGUGGGGUGGCAAGUUUGACGACGAGAUCGUCCGGGGGCUGUCGCACGACGGCCCGGGCGUGUUGAGCAUGGCCAACGCAGGGCCGGGGACGAACGGGUCACAGUUCUUCAUCACGCUUGGAGAAUGCGAUCACCUUGACGGCAAGCACACCAUCUUCGGGAGAGUGGCUGCAGGCUCACAGAACAGCAUGGACACGCUGAAGAAGAUUGGCAGCGUGAAGACCGAGAUGCAAGACCGCCCGGUGCAGACGGUCAAGAUCGUGGAAUGCAGGACUGUCGGUUAAUCAAUCGAGCCUGGCUAGUGAGGUCUUCCAAUUGAUCGAGAAUCCUGUCUGUGCGUAUGUACAAUACAGUAUUGGCGAGAGGAAAAGGUAGAACAGAAUGACCAG